UCUCCUCUAACGGUCGGAACAUUUCAAAAAGGCAAGAGGCGCGAUCGGCUCGUGUCAAUCACCGCGGGGGUGGAGUUAACUGCGGACGGCGCUUGCGCGAGCAUGUGAUGCGGACUGGUGUCGCUCACCCCUUUGCUGGUUUUUGGGUGGCGACACCAUGGACUCGGCCUGGCUCCGGGCGCUCCUCAACAAGCGGCUCCGGAUCACGCUGGACUGCGGCGCGUACUUAGGUUGUCUCCGCCAUGUGGAUGCCGCCACGAAGGCCGUCGUGUUGGAUCAAGUUGAAGAUUUGGAAAAUAACAGGAAGCUGCCUGGCAUCAAAAUGUUUUUUGGUUAUGAGAUCAGAGACUUGGAAAUCCUUGAUGCUUUGCCCACCAGAUCCAUGAAUAAGUCAGCAAAUAGCAAUGACUCAAGAGAUAAACUGGAGGACACCACUGCAGGGAAGAAUUUUGGAGAGCAGCAUUUUUCAGAGUUGGAGGAUGAAAGUCUGAAAUAUGCAGUCAUCGAUCAAUUUCAUCAAAAGUUUGGUCCUGCUAUCUUCCACAUUAAAAAGCAAAGUGCAAUUGGAGUGGCAGUGGAAGGUAUUGAUAUCUGCCGCUUUGGAAAGCUGUGUUUGAUACAGAUAGCAACAAAGGAUCAAAUUUAUUUGUUUGAUAUCUUCCUCCUGGGACCAGUGGCAUUUAAGAAUGGACUGAAAAUGGUUUUAGAGGACUCUAAUAUAUUGAAAGUGAUCCAUGACUGUCGCUUGGUUUCAGAUUGCCUCUAUCAUCAAUACAGAGUGGACCUUACCAAUGUCUUUGAUACACAGGUUGCAGAUGUUCUGCAGUUCUCCUUUGAAGCAGGAGGCCUUCUUCCGAACUGCGUCAGUACAUUGGAAGAAAGCUUGAUCCGUCACCUCUCCCUUCCCACAACUAAAGCCCAAUUUCUGCAGCGCAGUGCACAUGCAGUCAAGGAUAAUCCAAAGGUAUGGACCUACCGUCCACUUCCUACAUGCUUGAUGCAGAGAGCAGGAUUGGAAGUAAUGUACCUGCUUUCACUCCGUUCAGUCCUGAUGGACAAGUUAAUGGUGGAUUUCACGACUCAAGUGGACAACUACCUGAGCAUGUACAGAAAUAUGCCCUGUAUUAACCUGGGAAGUGCUGAGCAUUACUCAAUGGAGCUUCCAUAUGAAUUGAAGGAAUUAGCUGUUAUUCAGAGACUGAGAAGAGAAGAUGCUAUGAAAAGUUAUAAAAUAGAUGAAAAGGGCCUUCUGGUGAGACCACACCCUCAAUCUGAGAAAAUAUCUGAAUCAGAAGGAAGGGUAAUAAACACAGAUGACAUUCCAGAGCUUGAGUCCAUCGUACCCUCGGGUGAAAAUGCUUUCGAAAUGCAGAAUGAUGAGAUUCCAUUUCUUGAACCAAGCCCUGAUUGUACUCAAGACCUUUGUCCUCCCUUGGAACGUGUCAGUCUUUCAGUAUUCUAACUCUGACAAAAACACAUUGUUGCCAGUGUUCAACUUUGUGCAGAAAUCAAUUACUGAUCCCAGAGAUGGUUGAGCUGAAUGUUGACUUUAUUGUGAAGGUGACUGAGCAUUGUUCAAUUCUGAAGCCUGAAGACAAAGCUGCUGUUUCUGCCUGACUGUCAAGAUCUAUAGACGAAACCAAGACCUGUUCUGGGGAUGGUACUUUUCAAAUCAGUUUCUGUCUCACUUUUUGGAAAUGCCUUCAAUGUUGUCACAUUACAACUGGAGCUUGCUUUGAUUUACAGUGGUUUUGGAGUAGCUGAAUGGUUUUAAGUUCCUUUUGUGCUGUUCAUGAAGUAAUGAGACUUUAGUUUCCCACACAGCGAGUACCCAUAAUUAGAUCAUAUGGAAAGGGAACCAAGUGUCAGCUAAGUGCAUCCUUCGGGAAGAGAAAUAAAACAGCAGGCUGCCUUCUGUCCCUGUCCUAACUGAGCGGCUGAUAUCUCGAUCUAGGCUUCCAGUUUAUUGCUUGUAUCCUGACUCCAAUGAAAGGGAAACAAACAACUUGAAUGGUUAGUUUGGAGAAAAUAUUUGUGAAAUAGGAGCAGUAUGUUUCCACUAAUAAUUGUGCAUUCAUGUUAUGUGUCAUAUUCUUUGAUAUACUUGCAAGAUAUUGUAUUUUUAAUACUGCUCUGAUUUAUGACAUUAAGAUUACUUUUUUCCUAAUUCAGGCCUAUAAAUCUGUAUCAAAGUAUGACUUUCCUGCUAAAUAAAUGAUUUCCUUUAUUAUGACCAAAA